GGCCGCCCGCACCGCCCCCGCCAUGGCCGCGGCCCGCCCGGGGGCCCCCCCGCCGCCGCCGCCGCUGCUCCCCCUCUUGCUGCUCCUGCUGCUCCCCGGCGGCCGCCGCGCUCUGGAGGAGACCCUGAUGGACACGAAGUGGGUGACCUCUGAAUUGGCAUGGACAACUCAUCCGGAGACAGGGUGGGAAGAAGUCAGCGGUUACGACGAGGCCAUGAAUCCUAUCCGCACGUACCAGGUCUGCAACGUACGGGAGGCCAACCAGAACAACUGGCUUCGUACCAAAUUCAUCCAGCGCCARGAUGUCCAGCGCGUCUAUGUGGAGCUGAAGUUCACUGUGAGGGACUGCAACAGCAUCCCCAACAUCCCUGGCUCCUGCAAAGAGACCUUCAACCUCUUCUAUUAUGAGUCAGAUACGGAUUCUGCCUCUGCAAACAGCCCUUUCUGGAUGGAGAACCCCUAUAUCAAAGUGGAUACAAUUGCCCCAGAUGAGAGCUUCUCCAAGCUGGAGUCUGGCCGUGUGAACACCAAGGUGCGCAGCUUUGGCCCUCUCUCCAAGAAUGGUUUUUACCUCGCCUUCCAAGACCUGGGAGCCUGCAUGUCGCUCAUCUCUGUCCGGGCUUUCUACAAGAAAUGCUCCAACACUAUUGCUGGCUUUGCUGUCUUCCCGGAGACUUUAACGGGGGCUGAGCCCACUUCCCUGGUCAUCGCACCAGGCACCUGCAUCCCCAACGCCGUGGAGGUGUCUGUGCCCCUAAAGCUGUACUGCAAUGGUGACGGCGAGUGGAUGGUACCUGUGGGAGCGUGCACGUGUGCUGCUGGAUAUGAGCCCACCAUGAAGGAUACACAGUGCCAAGCAUGCGGCCCAGGAACCUUCAAGUCUAAGCAGGGGGAAGGUCCCUGCUCUCCCUGCCCUCCCAACAGCCGGACCACCUCUGGAGCAGCAAUGGUCUGCACUUGUCGAAAUGGCUUUUUCCGGGCAGACACAGACUCUGCAGACAGUGCCUGCACCAGCGUCCCCUCAGCCCCCCGCAAUGUCAUCUCCAACGUGAACGAGACGUCGCUGGUGCUGGAGUGGAGYGAGCCGCAGGACACGGGCGGGCGGGAUGACCUGCUCUACAACGUCAUCUGCAAGAAGUGCAGCGUGGAGCGGCGCCUGUGCACCCGCUGCGACGACAACGUGGAGUUCGUGCCGCGCCAGCUCGGCCUCACCGAGCGACGCAUCUACAUCAGCAACCUGAUGGCCCACACCCAGUACACCUUCGAGAUCCAGGCCGUGAAYGGCAUCUCCAACAAGAGUCCCUUCCCUCCCCAUUUCGCCUCUGUCAACAUCACCACCAACCAGGCAGCCCCAUCUGCCGUGCCGACAAUGCACCUGCACAGCAGCACCGGGAACAGCAUGACACUGUCAUGGACUCCCCCAGAGAGACCCAACGGCAUCAUUCUUGACUAYGAGAUCAAGUACUCAGAGAAGCAAGGCCAGAGCGAUGGCAUYGCCAACACAGUCACCAGCCAGAAGAACUCGGUGCGGCUGGACGGGCUGAAGGCCAAUGCCCGGUACAUGGUGCAGGUCCGGGCACGCACCGUGGCGGGAUACGGCCGCUACAGCCUCCCCACGGAGUUUCAGACAACUGCAGAGGGUGGUUCCACCAGCAAGACUUUCCAGGAGCUGCCUCUGAUCGUGGGUUCAGCCACUGCAGGGCUGGUGUUCGUCAUUGUGGUGGUGGUGAUUGCCAUCGUCUGCUUCAGGAAAGGGAUGGUUACUGAACACCUCCUCUCGUCUCCUUUGGGCAGGAAGCAACGCAACAAUACCGACCCYGAGUACACGGAGAAGCUGCAGCAAUAUGUUACCCCUGGGAUGAAGGUCUACAUUGACCCCUUCACCUAUGAAGAUCCCAAUGAAGCUGUCCGGGAAUUCGCCAAAGAGAUCGACAUCUCCUGUGUGAAAAUCGAGGAGGUCAUUGGAGCAGGGGAGUUCGGUGAGGUGUGUCGCGGGCGCCUGAAGCUGCCUGGCCGCCGCGAGAUCUUCGUGGCCAUCAAGACGCUGAAAGUGGGCUACACRGAGMGGCAGCGRCGCGACUUCCUGAGYGAGGCCAGCAUCAUGGGCCAGUUUGACCACCCCAAYAUCAUCCACCUGGAGGGCGUGGUGACCAAGAGCCGCCCYGUCAUGAUCAUCACAGAAUUCAUGGAGAACUGCGCGCUUGACUCCUUCCUCCGGUUGAAUGAUGGGCAGUUCACAGUCAUCCAGCUGGUGGGAAUGAUGCGAGGCAUCGCCGCUGGCAUGAAGUACCUUUCGGAGAUGAACUACGUGCAUCGGGAUCUGGCUGCCCGCAACAUCCUGGUCAACAGCAAUUUGGUCUGCAAAGUGUCUGACUUUGGGCUAUCUCGCUUUCUGGAGGAUGACCCGGCUGACCCCACCUACACCAGCUCCCUGGGGGGCAAGAUCCCAAUCAGAUGGACGGCUCCUGAGGCCAUYGCCUACCGCAAAUUCACUUCAGCCAGCGACGUGUGGAGCUACGGCAUCGUCAUGUGGGAAGUGAUGUCCUAUGGGGAGCGACCCUACUGGGACAUGUCCAACCARGAUGUGAUCAAUGCUGUGGAGCAAGAUUACCGCCUGCCACCCCCCAUGGACUGCCCCACAGCACUGCACCAGCUGAUGCUGGACUGCUGGGUGCGGGACCGCAACCUGAGGCCCAAAUUUGCACAGAUCGUCAACACGCUGGACAAGCUCAUCCGCAAUGCUGCCAGCCUGAAAGUCAUCGCCAGUGUCCAGUCUGGCAUCUCCCAACCACUCCUGGACCGCACUGUCCCAGAUUACACCACCUUCACCACCGUGGGAGACUGGCUGGAUGCCAUCAAAAUGGGACGGUACAAGGAGAACUUUGUCAAUGCUGGAUUUGCCUCCUUUGACCUGGUGGCACAGAUGACUGCAGAGGACCUGCUGAGGAUAGGGGUGACGCUAGCAGGGCACCAGAAGAAGAUCCUGAGCAGCAUUCAGGACAUGAGGCUGCAGAUGAACCAGACGCUCCCAGUGCAGGUUUGACCGCAGGGGACUCUGCAUUGGAACGGACCAAGGGAACCUGCCAACCAGGUUCAGUUUGUGGUGCAGCCCAGCUUCCUGUUUGCCCCUCCACAUGGCGCUCCUCUGCCUCGGACGGUCGCCUGGGAGGGGAUGGGACGGGACACCCUUCCCUGGAUCGAAGGCACUCACGCUGAGAGGGAGCCCAGCUUUUCGUCCCGUGUCCUGGAACGGCGAGGCAGCAACACGUCUUCAUAUUGAAGAUGGAUUAUGGGACAGAGAUGGCACAUCCCACUUCCCGCCCUGUCUCGGUGCUCAUCGGUUUGAAGAGUUGUUCUGCUUCUUGGAUUUCUUUUCACCCUGUUUUCCCCCCAGUCCUCACUUCCCUCACCUCCCCGAGGCCACAGACUGUUGACCCGUCCGCUGAGUCCGUCAGACACGUCCGAAGCCUUCCCUAAUUGUGUUCUCCACACGGAAGCAGCCGGGGGAGGCCCAGCCGGCGACGGGGCUGGGGCCACCAGCCCCAGACAAUCACUCCUCUCCUCCAGCCCUGGCAAGCCCUCCACCCAAGGGUCUGCACUGGAACGUGUCCAAAGGGAAGGCUUCACUCCCUUUCUUGGCUUUGCACGCCAGAACCCGAACCCGAUUUACUAUGCAGGGAGUUAGGCAAAAAAAAAAAAAGAGAAAAAAGAAAAAAAAAGAGAUAUAUUAAAAAAAAGAUAAGAGGGAGCAGAAAGGGGAGGGAGGGGGACCAGGUGCCUGGCUCCRCAUCUCUUACCCUCUUGGUUCUCCUGGCCAGCUCUGGACUGCAGAGCGAGGCCGUCAGCACGUUUGCACAGGGACCCUCCGCCCCCGGACCGACAGCAGCCGCGCUCCCCCCGAGGGGCCGGAGAGCGGGGCUGCGCCGGGGGCUGCGCCGGGGGCCGCGGCUCCCCCAGCCUCCUCUUUUAUGCAGAAGGAGCAGGUGCCGCCGGCGCGGCUGCCCGCUCCUGACACACGCUGUGAUUGCUGCCAAAAGACUCACUCACCUUUCCCUGAGGAUUCACUGCAGCCCGGUUCCUCCGAGCCGAGGGAGAGACUCCCAGCGUGCCUGAGUGUGCGUGAGUGUGUGCAUGCGUGCGUGGGUGUGUGCUGGCCGCAGGACUGUGGGAGGCAAUGGGCAGAAUAAAGGCAAUAAGAAUUUUACCCGAGUUUCCUUUGCUCGAUCGCGCUCUCAUUGGAUGGGCCCGGCUGCCUGCAGCUUCGCUGCCCACCAGGGUCAUCCUUCUCCUCCUGGCCAACCCCAAGCUGGCUGUGUGCYCCUUUCUGCUCCCCCCUUUUCUUGCUGUCACGUUUUCAGGUUGUCCCACAGGGACCAGGCAGUGAUACUGUACCAACCUUGUGGUGCUGGGAGACCCAACACGCUCCCCAUGGGGCACGUAGCGUGACAGCUCUGAGUUCCAGCUCAGAGCCAGUCAGGAAAUUCUGUCUAAUGWACUAGAGAUACUCAGCAGUUUUCCCUCCGUACCCUCCUCAAGUCAGGCUGGAACUGUGGGAACCAAAGAGGGAGUGUGAAAGCCAAGCCAGGAGCAGCUGUGUUCACUGCCCAUCCCAGUGCCAGAGGGUCCCCACAGCUCCAGGGCUUUUUCCUAGACCAKUGUUCCUUCUCUGCUUCCUUGGGGCAGUCUGGCCCCCGGCAGGAGGGUGGCUGCAGCUCUUGGCACCCCUCUUCUUGGCCUCUCUUCUCUCUACACAUGGCUCUUGUGCCAGAGGGAGCACAGCAAGGUGGAUGGAGUGGCUGCAGGUAGCAGGGUCACCCCCUAGGAGAGCGGAUCUGGGGGGCCACAUGCUCUCAGUCCAGGGCAGAUUUGUCCACAGUGGCCAAGUUGCCCAUCCUGRGUUUCUCAGGUCUCCCUUGACUGCAGUACACCUUGCUAACUGGCUUUUGAGGUGCUUUGCUGGCAGUCCAGAGGGGCAGGAGGCAUCUCCCCAAAAUGAGGGGGAGCACCCAUAUGUUCCCCAGUGCCAGGCCCCGAUCCCCUCCUCCCUAUGCUGACAGGGCAGGUGCAGUUUUUCCCYUUUU